GUAUGCUUAAAUACUUUGUGAGCGAGCCGUGCAGACAACUAGACGUAUCUGACGACUGAGAACAGAAGAGAAACCAAGACUAACCGAAAACAACAUCAACAACAACAGCAACAACAACAACAACAACAACAACAACAGCAACAUUCCUGUCAACAAGAGGAAGCGAUCACUCAACAAGAAAACAGGCUAACCUAUUGUGUUUUAAACCAAGUAUCAUCACCAAAAUGCAUCAACUGUGUUCCAGAUACGGAAUGGUCACCCAUCGCAUGAUCAGGCAUGGCAUUCAAGAAAGCAAAAGAGCACUUGCUGCCUCAACUACUGCAAAAUUAAGCCCAAGAGAACCAGAUUUUCCAACAGUACAAACAGCAAUUCCUGGACCAAAAUCUUUGGAAUAUAAAUCUGAAUUAAACACCAUCCAGAAUGCUGGAGCUGUUCAGUUCUUUGUAGACUUCCACAAGAGUCAAGGGAACUACAUUGCUGACAUCGAUGGUAACGUCCUUCUCGAUUUCUACACUAUGAUUGCCUCCAUUCCUCUUGGUUACAAUCACCCACGACUUGAAAUGGCCUUAAAUGAACCCAGAAACAGGAUCCAUUUCAUCAACCGGCCGGCCCUGGGCAGUUUCCCUCCAAAGGACUGGAUCCACCGACUUCGAGCUGCUUUACUUCAGGUUGCUCCACCAGGUUUGAAUGCUGUCCAAACCAUGGCCUGUGGUUCCUGCUCCUUGGAAAACAGCCAAAAGUUAAUGUUCAUGGCACAUCAGAAAAAAGUCCGAGAUGGAAAACCACCAACAAGAGAAGAAUUACAGUCGUGCAUUAAGGGCCAGCAUCCUGGUUCACCAAACAAUUUGACAUUGUUGUCUUUUAGUGGAUCAUUACAUGGAAGAACAAUGGGAGCCCUUAAUAUGACCCACGCCAAGUGGAUUCAUAAACUGGAUUUCCCUCAACUGGAUUGGCCCAUGGCAUCAUUUCCCCGACUGAGAUAUCCGCUGGAAGAAUUCACGAGAGAGAACAGGGAAGAAGAACAGAGAUGUUUGGAAGAGGCUGAAGAUCUCAUCUUUAACUACAACAAAGCUGGAAAGACAGUGGUAGGGGUCGCUGUAGAAGCAAUCCAAGGAGAAGGAGGGGACAAUCAUGCCUCACCGUUUUUCUUCCAGGGACUUCAGGAUAUUACGAAGAAGUACAAUAUCCAAUUUUUGAUGGAUGAAGUUCAAACUGGGUGUGGCCAGACAGGUAAAUUCUGGGCCCAUGAGCACUUCAAUCUGCGUGAGGCCCCAGACAUCGUGACCUUCAGCAAGAAAAUGUUGACUGGAGGGUUUUUCUACAAGGAACAUCUGAGGCCAUCAGAGCCUGGAAGGAUCUACAACACUUGGCUUGGUGACCCUGCCAAAGUUAUCCUGCUGGAGGAGGUGGUGAAGGUGAUGAAAGAAGAGAAUCUGUUGUCCGUGGUCAAUGACACUGGGAAGUAUCUGGUGGAUGGUCUGAAAAUUAUUGAGAAAGACUACCCAGGGGUUCUUCAAAAUGCCCGAGGUAUCGGUACAUACUGUGCUAUUGACUUCCCAACUAUAGAGGCCAGAGAUAAAGCAAUCGUUGACAUCAGGAAUAAAGGUGUCAAUGUCGGAGGAUCCGGAGAAAGCACUUUACGACUACGUCCGACAUUGCUCGCACAGCGCCAUCACGUGGACAUUUUUCUGAAUGUGCUAAACGAAGUUGUGCAAAGUAUGGCAUCGAAACGAAACACUGCACCACCGAAAGCAACAAAAGCCGCAAUGGCAAACUGAAAAAGAAGGCGAUGUGAAAAAAACAAAUCUGAUUUCAAAGAAAAACAAGAAAAAUAAAUAUUAACAACAACAACAACAGCAA